AUGGUGGGGGACCGAGGCAACCACAGCCUCACCGGUUCCCCACCGCCCUCCAGCAGGGCCUCCCAUGGGCAUGAAGCCUCCUGGGCCAGGCAUGGCACCCCCAGUAGGCCUCCCAAGACUCAAUGGGCCUCUCAUGAACGGCCCACCCUCAGCCCCACCUGCAAGGCACCACUCGUCAAUGGCCAGAUGGGUCCUCCUCCUCUAGGACCCCCUAUGGGACCUCCGGCGGGACCUCCCACCCGGCCGCCCCUGGGUCCCCCUACCCAGCCGCCACUUGGACCCCCACAGAGACCUAUGGGUCAACCCCCUAUGCCCAAUGUGCCUCCCUCUGGCCCAGCUGCCAAGCUGUCCACUAGGCCCAACCUGGUGGCCUCUGGGACCCCCCAGUCCUUUGUUGAAUGGACACCAAAGGCCUUCACCGCCCACAGUCUCCCAGAGACUACUUGCUACAUAGAAACUAACAAGUAUUAA